UGCCAGCCCAGCAGGGCGGACCUGAGCUCGGUGUUCACUCACUCACUCAGCUCACACUGUCAACCCAAACUGCUGCUUCAAAUAUGACUCGCAGCUGGUAGCAGAUAGGGACCCAUGUCCAGGAUCUGGGUGUGAACUGGGGACACAAUGUCUCUCCUGAUGAUAUCCUUCCUCCUCAUUGUCCUGCUGGGGAUUGUCUUGUUCUGCAUCAUUUCCAGGUUUCUCAUUAGCACCAUCGCUGUGAGACUCUUCCGGACUGCCAUAAAUGCUGAUCUGAAGAUCAAAUCAGUAGGGUUGUUUUCUCUCCAAGGAGUUAGUAUCCAAUUUCACCCCCAGCAUACUCUGGAAAUUGACCGGAUAUGGAUUUCAAGUAAACUUCUAAACCAAGAUUUACCGAGAUACCUGGCGUUAUGUGUUGGUGACACUCGAGUUAGGUUUGACUUGCAAGCACCGCUGGGACCUCUGCUGAAAUCGAACCAUGGCAAGAAGUCAAGGAAGAUUUCAGUCAGCCCGACAACUCUUCGCUUUCUGUCACAGCUGUUGUCAUUUCACGUCAGCUCUGUCAAUGUGAUGGUGCUAAACCUGGCGCUGUCAGAGUCUCUGUGGCACAUGACUGUCACAGGCAUCACCUUGUUACUCGACCAUCAAAGCAAGAGAUUAGGGUGGAACUUUUCGGUGGGACAGCUGAGCAGUAAAGUGCUCAAAAGCAGUCAGUUGGACUUGUGUUUGGCCGAACUGGCCCUGAGCUUGCUGCUGUCUGGAGAUGUGAGCCUUCCAGAGAUGAAGCCUGGCUUUCUUAAUCUGAGUGUGAGGACAUUUAUCGCAGAGUUGCACGAGGGACUCUUCCUCAGCCAACUUCUGCCUCCCACCUCCCAGGAAAAGCUAGAUCAUAGUUCAUCUGGUGAUCAAGAGUGCGAAAAAGUUGAAUUCAUCCAGACUGAGGCUGUUGAACAGUUUCAUCAGCUACUUCCUCACAGAGUCAACGUGGAGUUUGAUAAUACAAAUGUAAUCCUGUCCAUGCAGAGCCAGAAACGACAUCUGAACUGGACUCUGAAGUCUUUAAAAAUCAGCUAUGGACGUGAUGAUGAGCAGCAACCUCUGAAAAGCUUCACUCCUGAACUGAGCUUCCCCCAGAGCAGCCUGGAGCUCCUUCUCGAGGAUGGGCUUCUUCUUUCUCAAAGCAGACAGAGAAUUCUCUGUUUGAACACUCUCAAAACACUCUUCCAGGUUACAUCAAUUGACAUCUCAGGGUCAUUCACUGUCAACACUUGCAUCAUUCACUACCGUCACCAGGAGUUCGCCCAUUGGUUAAAUCUGUUUCCAUGGGAACAAUUACUCCACAGGAAGGAAACACCCAGAAAAGGCCUGUUAGAUUAUUUUCCCGCCCUCCUUUUCUUCAGACGCCUCCCUCAUCUGGAUGCUCCUGUAAUGAUCACCACAUCUGUGUCUAAUGUCAAUGUGUCAGUUCAGUUGGGAGACACCACUCCUUUUGCACUCGGCUUCAUCUCUGCUGAUGCAGAACUGCAGCAUCUUCUUGACCUUAAGGUUGAUAGGGAAAGCCCAGAGUCCCAGAACCUGCACCAACGGGCAGCGCUGACCCUCGACAACUUUUGGUGGAGAGUGGGUCAGGGGUCUCAUAUCCAGCAGGCACCACACCCACCCGGUAAACACGUGUGGGGUGAAGCACUAGUUCUCGACUCCCUCAGUCUUCAGGGGAGUUUGAACCGACCUCAACUGGAGUCGAGCAGCCAUUCUCCGUGUCUGAAUGUGGAGUCCACCCUGAGGGGCUUUCAGGUGGAGCUCUCGGAGACCUGCGCGCUGUGUUUGUCCCGCCUGCUGUCGCUCAUGUGUGUCCCUCCUGACUCGGAGUCACAUCGGUCAGACGUAGCGGAGGUGUCCUCCUCUCAUGACGGACGUGUCCAGCAGAGUUCCUCCUCGCAGCUGCAGCUGCAUGUGCUGUUCAAACUGGACUGUUGUCUGGAGGACGUGAAUGUGUUCACUCUCUCUAACGUGGCAGGAGCAACGUCUCUAAGAAUGGACACGGUCAGAGUCCUGAGCUCUGCUGAAAGCUCCCGAGUGUCUCUACAAGGGAUGAGCUUUUCUGUGGUUAAAACUCUCACAGAAAGCAUGGAAACAUGCUGCCCCGCCUCCCAAACCCUAAGCCCUUUAAUCAAACUCGCCACAAUAACUGUCUGGUACCACAUCACCACCCACACAUUCCAGGUUCAGUGCGAGGAGGAGUUAGCGGUAGAGUGGACUCCAACCGACCACAUGGUCAUAUAUCAGCAUAUGACUGAAGGUCAGGCUUGUUGGCGUAUGCUUUUUGGAGAAGCAGGAGAGACCGAGGCAGUGACACCUACGUACAGAGAAGCUGUGUCAGGUCACGGUAAAGGUUUGUCCGUUCGUGUUGAAAUGGGCUCUACUCGUUUAAGAGCCCAUGUUAGCCAGCAGAACUAUAUUCUGCUGCACACUGACAGCUUCACAGUCUCAAACCAUGCUGGAUCUAUGCACAUACGUUCCCCUUUGCUCAUCUUUAACUUUGACGGCAACAACAUUGUGUCCUUUAACGGAUUAGAUGUGGAGAUGCACGCCGAGUUGACUGAGAUGCAGCUCCACAGAGACACUUUCCCCUUUCUGACUAGUCCUUCCAACUGCGUCUGGGUCUUCACUUGCCCGUCUGUUUCAGUUGAGUUCCCCUACCAGUACAAUUUCUCAAACACUUCUGACAUGGCUAUUAGCGUGCAGAAGUGGUUGAAGACCCUCCAUCACUCCCCCGGUCAAGCCUCUACCGUCCAACGCCUUCCUCCUGACCUUGUGCUCAAAAUCAGCCAGUUCUCCUUCGUCUUCCUGGAUGACGUCUUUGAAAUCAAGCUGAGAGACAACUAUGAGCUGAUGAAGGAUGAGAGUAAAGAGAGCGCAAAGCGUCUGCAGCUUCUCGAUAAGAAGGUGGCCGAGCUGCGCAAGCAGCACGGGGAACUUCUUCCUGCCAGAAAGAUCGAAGAACUUUAUAGUUCAUUGGAGAAAAAGCACAUCGAGAUCUACAUCCAGCGCUCACGCCGCCUCUAUGCUAACACACCCAUGAGGAAGUCUCUACUGACCUGGACCGUGUCAGAUUUGGAGCUGGUGGCUCUGGCUGAUGAAUCUCUUCAUGGGCCAGAGAGGGUGAGAGAGCAGCUGAGAGACAUCGACGGGAUCAGUCCCUUCCCUAAAGACGGACUUCCUCUGGUGAUUCAGUGGUGCCGUGCUGUCAAGUUUAAACUCGCUGCAUUUUUGGUGAGAAUUCGGGACUAUCCUCGCUACCUCUUUGAGAUCCGGGACUGGGACCUGUCGGGGCGUCUGAUUGGGACUGAGCAGGAUGGGCAAUCGAGAGCUCAUCGCCAGCAGACCGUCCCGCUCGGUGCUCCGUGGGGAGACGUGACGGUCCACAGAAAUAUGCCUCCGCUCAAGUUUUACUAUGACUUUAAGUCCAACAUUUCUCUGUACACCAUCGUGUGGGGGCCGUGUUGGGACCCUGCCUGGACUCUGAUUGGACAGUCAGUUGACCUGUUGACCAAACCCACAGUUGAUCCUUCUCCUCCUCUGACCUGGUGGGACAAAAGUCGUCUGCUCAUGCACGGACGCUGGGUCAUGAACAUUGAUCAUGCCAACCUUCAUCAGCUGGCUACCGAGGACCCCUAUAACACUACAGAAAACUUACACUGGGAAUGGAGCAAGUUGAACUUUGACUGGAACCCUGGACAGUUUGUCUUUAAAGGGGACUUGGAUGUAAAUGUAAGGACGGCAUCAAAAUAUGAUGAUAUCCGUUUCCUCCAACUACCCAACCUGUGUAUGACCCUUGACCUCCAAUGGCUUUGCCAUGGCAACCCCCAUGACCACCAUGCUGUGAUGCUCUGCUGUGCAGACAACAUUGCAGACGUGACCUCAGGACUGCCUCAUGACUCCUACAGAGCCUUUCGCUCUGAGAACCUCAAUCUCUCCAUCACCAUGAACCUUAACCAGCACUGUGGCACAGAACCAUACAUACCCAAAAUCUUGCUGUACAGCAGCACUCUGCGGUGGAUGCAGAACUUCUGGGCCACCUGGACGAGUGUGUCUCGACCAAUCUGCAGAGGAAAGCUCUUCCACAGCCUCAGGCCCGUCCGCAAAAAGCUCGGUCAGCACUACAAACAGAUGUCUUACACAGCCUCCUUCCCACAACUACAAGUGCUUUACUGGGCCUCCUUUGCUCAGCAGAGAGGAGUCCAAGUGGAGUGCAACAAAGGUCACAUCUUUACUCGAGGGGCACAGAGACUUAUUCCACAGGCCGGCACUGUGAUGAGGAGGUUGAUCUCUGAGUGGAACGUGACUCAGAUGGUCAGCGAGCUCUCCCAGGUGACCGUUCAUCUCAUGGCCUCCACCUGGGACGAGACUGCCGACCACCAAAUGAACGCUCAGGUGAACAAGACUCAUCUGCUCAGCCUGUCAUCCCUCAGCUACCAGCGACAGAGCAACCGUGUGGAGGAGGAGGUGAACUCAAAGGAUGAAACCAAUGCCUCUUAUACUCACAAAUUAUUCCUGGUGGACCUGCGUGCUUCCUGGACAACCACAAACAGAAACAUAGCCUUUGGGCUGUAUGACGGUUACAAAAAGGCGUCUGUACUAAAGAGAAAUCUUUCCACUGAAGCUUUGAAAGGUCUGAGGUUUGACACACAGCUGCAGACCAAGAAGCUCAAACGCUCUCCUUCCAACUACUCUCCUACUACUGCAACGACCAGACCAGUCGUCCCCACUCUCAAUCGGGCAGAAAAGAGUCAAAACGAAGGAACGUUGAUGCUGCAGAAGCUGAUUGAAGAAAACGACAAGUUUGUGGUGUUUUCAGAGGAGGACUCGGGCGUGAGCGACCAGCUGUGCGGCAUCGCAGCCUGUCAGACUGAUGACGUAUAUAACCGCAAUUGGUUUAUUGAGUUGGUCAACUGUCAGAUGAUGCUGCGUGGCACAGAGACAGCAGGUUGUGUUCUGGUGUCUGCAGCGAAGGCUCAGCUACUGCAGUGUGAGCACCACCCUGCCUGGUACAACGACACGCUGAAGCAGAAGACCACCUGGACGUGUCUGCUGGAUGGCAUGCAGUACUUUGCCACAAUGGAGCUCAACCCUUCUGAGCAAGAGGACAGACAGCUGUGGCUGGAGGUGAAAAACAUAGAGGAGCACAGGGAGCGUAACCUGGACUCUGUGCUGGAGCUGAUGGAGAGUGGACAGGCAGUGGGAGGAAUGGUUAGCACCACUACAGACUGGAACCUGCCGGCACAGGUGAACGAGUCUCAGCAGGUUCAGCGUAUCAUCUCCCGCUGUAGCUGCCGGAUGCACUACAUCAGUUACAGUCACGACAUCAACCCAGAGCUGGCCACACAGAUCAAACCCCCCGAGUUGAGGAACAACCACGAGAAGGAGGACCUGCUGAAAAAACAGGCCGGGGCUGUGGACACUUUCACUCUGAUUCACCAUGACCUGGAGAUAUCCACUAAUCCAGUUCAGUAUGCAAUGAUCCUGGACAUCGUCAACAACCUGUUAUUACAUGUAGAGCCCAGGCGCAAGGAACACAGUGAGAAAAAGCAGCGUGUCCGCUUCCAGCUGGAAAUCUCUAGUAACCCUGAGGAGCAGCGCAGCAGCAUCCUACAUCUGCAGGAGGCUGUCAGGCAGCACCUCGCUCAGAUUAGACGCCUGGAGAAGCAGAUUUACUCCAAUAUCAGGGCUCAAACCGAGGAACUGAACAGUGACGAGCUGAUGGACAUCAACACUCAACUGCAAAACCAGCUGAAUCAGGAGAAGAACGACAUGCAGAUGAAGAGUGAAGAGCUCAACAUCCUCAUCAGGUGUUUUAAGGAUUUCCAGCUGCAACGAGCGAACAAGCUGGAGCUGCGUAAACCCCCAGAGGACGUGAGUGUGGCAAGAAGGACAGAGAUCUAUUUUGCCCAGGCACGAUGGUGUUUGACGGAAGAGGACGGCCAGCUUGGCAUUGCUGAGCUGGAGCUGAAGAGAUUCAUGUACAGUAAGCUGAACAAGUCUGACGACACAGCGGAGCACCUUUUGGAGCUUGGGUGGUUCACGAUGAAUAACCUCCUGCCGAAUGCAGCAUACAAGGUGGUGCUUCGUCCUCAGAGUAACUGUCAGCUGGGACGCCAGUUUGCUUUGCGCAUCUUUAGCAAAGUGCGCCCCCCUGUGGGAGGGAUCUCUGUGAAGGAACAUUUUGAGGUGAAUGUGGUGCCUCUUACCAUCCAGCUCAUGUAUCAGUUCUUCAAACGAAUGAUGGGAUUUUUCUUCCCUGGACGAAAUGUUGAAGAGGAAGAGGUCACUGAUGAGGAAGACAAGUCUAGAUUGGUCACUACUGGUAUCCCCGUCAAGAUCCGGCCGUUAUCAGAGGACACAAUGGGUGCUAUGGGUCCCAGCAAAAGUGUCACUCAGGGACUGAACCGCACUGCUGCGGUCAGAAGGUCCUUCAAGAAACCUCCAGAGCAUCCAGUUGAUGACAUUGACAAAAUGAAGGAGCGAGCUGCUAUGAACAACUCCUUCAUCUACAUCAAAAUCCCCCAGGUGCCUCUGUGUGUCAGCUACAAGGGAGAAAAGAGCAGUGUGGACUGGAAAGACCUGAACCUGGUUCUUCCUUGUUUGGAGUAUCACAACAAUACGUGGACGUGGCUGGACUUUGCCAUGGCUGUGAAAAGAGACAGCCGAAAAGCACUUGUAGCUCAGAUGAUAAAGGAAAAGCUGCGUCUGAAGCCGGCUUCAGGCUCGGACCUACGGGGGAAGGCGACGGAUGGGAAGUCGGACAACAGCAUGCAGCAACAGGAGGAAGACGAGAAGGCGCGGCUCAUCUUCGGCCUCAGCACGCAGGACAAAAGCUCCAGCAAGAAGAGCAUCUUCAGUCGACGCAAAUGAAGAAAAGCAACAGUCAGAACUUGACUGCUCUCCAGCAGCUGCACGUUCGGGGUCAGAUCAUCACUCUGCCUUUUGUGAAUCAUGUUGGAAAAAAAAAAGGGAAAAACAUUUCAAGUAUUUUUGAAGAAAACAUUUCUAUAUCACUUGAGCCUGCUGAACUUGUG